UAUAUAUAUGUGUGUGUGUGUAUAUAUCUUUGCGUGUGAGUGAGGAGGUAUUGUCUUCGUUUCUUCUUGAUUUUCCCCCAAAACAGUUGAAGACUCGAAUUUCUCUCUCUUUCCACUUCAACAAUCUUCGUUCUCAGACCAGAGCCAUUCCGCCCCAACUUUCCACCCUUCCACCCGCAACAAGCGACACUUUAUUUGUGAGAUACUUUAAACACAAAGCACCUUCCUCGAUGAUUCCAGAUGGAUCUGGAGGAAGAGCAACGAAGCUGGCGUGGAAGAUUUGGAGCUGACCACUUUUCCUGGAAUGCUCAAUAUCCUUUAGAAAGAAAAGGAGAAACAGGUGACUUAUCUGCUGGUAGCAACACAACUCCAAACAUGAUUGGACUACAGCAGCAGCAACCACAGCAGCAGCCGCCACCACCAUCGCAGCAGCAGCAGCAACAACAACAGCAGCAGCAACAACCACCUAAAGCCAGAAAGACUUUUUUUGAAGAGGAGGAUGAACCUAGUUUUUAUAUGCCCCAAAUUUUUAGACCUGACAAAGAGGUUUUGACAUCACAAUCCCCAUCACAGUUAUCUACAUUAACAAGUCACUUUUAUAACCAGAGAUGUGAGGAAUCUGAAGUUUCAUCUGUAAAACCACAGCUUUUAACCAAAUUUGAUGUGAAAUAUACGAACACGAUGCCCUUGUCAAACCCUAAUACAGACUGGAUGUCACAAAAUGGAUGGCCUGAUCUCAACAGUUCACAGAUGCCUCCUCGAAGUCUAGGUGGCUCACAGUUUCCACGCACUAAUCAGGGUCAUGUUACACCAACAAAUAUAAACCCAAACUUUUCUUUAGGUCUACCACCAUUGACGCAAGCGUCCCCAAGCAGGAGCUUAAUUUCAAGUAUUGGUCAUCGGAACCUUCUUGGGCAAACACAAAGCAACCAAUCAAUAACGGGUUUACAGAAGCGGUCAUCCAUAUCUUCUGCUCUUGGGAACUCCAGCAAUCCUAUUACGAGUAUAUCUGGAUCUUUUGGGUUAUCACAAGCUAGAGCUGGAGAAAAUUCACAACCCAGCUUGGAUUUAUCUGAAUUUCCUACUUUAGGAAAUCGGGCAGUUCCAUCAAAUCCUGUUCCCUCGGCCAGGAGUUAUGGUAAGCUGGCAUUUGGAAUGGUAAACAAACCUGUUCAAGAACAAACACCAGAGUUCCAAAUUCAACAAGAAGAUUUUCCAGCAUUACCUGGCUCUCAGAAUCCACCUGUGUCAACGACAAAUGAUUUUUCACGAAAAACUCCAACCAGUUCAGUAUCGGGAACAUAUGAGCAAGCUGUUAGUAAAGAUGGUAAUAAGUUCCAGGUUGAAAAAACAUCCUGUACUAAACCUAACCGCGGUAUACAAACACACCAUGAUGGUACUGUGUCAAAUAUCCCCUCUGGAAUGGUCACCGAUCAGUUUGGAAUUGUUGGGCUUCUGACAUUCAUCAGAGCUGCUGAAAAUGAUCCUAAUCUAGUUGCUUUAGCUCCCGGAAUAGAUCUCACUACUCUAGGCCUUAAUAUGAAUUCUCCUGAUGCCCUUUCUGCACAUCAGAGAAGCAUGAGGUUUUGCACAGGAAAACCACAAAGACAGCAUAUAAUAAAUCUCUAUAGUACAUUUCAAAGUCCAUGGGCUGAUUCACCGUGCAGACCGCAAGAUAUUGAUUUCCAUGUUCCCUGUGAAUAUUUAACCAAUAUAUAUAUACGAGAUAAACUUCCUUUCCAUGCAUUUUUGCAGUUAUCCCAAGUAAAGCUCAGCCGAUACGGUGAAGAUCUGCUUUUUUUCCUUUUCUACAUGAACGGUGGCGAUGAGAUGCAGUUAAAGGCUGCUGCUGAAUUAUACAAUAGAGAUUGGCGGUUUCACAAAGAAGAAAGGGUGUGGAUCACACGAGCUCCAGGGAUGGAACCUGUUAUGAAAACUCUGAAUUAUGAGCGAGGAACUUAUUUCUAUUUUGAUGCCACAAACUGGCGGAAGGUAGCGAAGGAAUUUCAUCUAGAGUAUGACAAACUCGAAGACAAGCCUCUAACGCACAAUUCCAACCAGCAUAUCAUUACACAUUAGCAGUUCUAUCUCUUUCUCUCACUCUCUCUCUCUUUCCUCUUCUCUAUGUCUCUUUCUCUCUCUCUCUUUUCUCUCUCACUCUGUGUGACAGGCCUGGUAGUGACUUUGGCACAACAUGCCAACGUUAUUGCUGCUUUUCAUAUCCUCCUGGCGAAAGGCUCUCACCAGGUUAAACAUUCACAAAUAAUUUUUGUGAUGUGACUUGCCUGAAGGAGCAGCAGGCAAUGCAAACACCCCCCGAGAGACAGACCAGCUCUCGGCCGUUUCUUUUAUAAACCAAAUAUUAAAAAAAAAAAAAAAGAUUUCAGCAAAA